AUGGCCCUGCGGCCUCUCCUGCUGCUGCUGCUGCUGCUGGCCCUGGAGCCCCUGCACCGGCCGCCGCCCGCCGCCGCCUCGGCGGGGUCCCGGGCCCGCGGGAACCGCACCUCCGACGGCCCCGUCGGCGUCCGGAGGCCCGGGCCCGGCCGGGGCGGCCGCGAGGCCAACGGGACGGCCCGGCCGCCGGGGCCGGAGCCGGCGGGGUCGAGGCGCGGGGGGCGGCCGGGGGUCGGGCCCGGUCCUGGUCCCGGUCCCGGUCCCGCCGUCAGCUUCGAGACCUGCUGGGGCUACUACGACGUGAGCGGCCAGUACGACAAGGAGUUCGUCUGCAACAACAGCGACAGCGGCUACCUGUACUGCUGCGGCACCUGCUACUAUCGCUUCUGCUGCAAGAAGCGGCACGAGAAGCUGGACCAGCGGCAGUGCCGCAACUACGUGAGCCCCGUCUGGGUGCAGACGCCCAGCACCCGCCUCGUGUCCCCGGGGCCCGAGGACCGCUACGACCCCGACCAGGACCGCACCAACUUCACCGUCUACAUCACCUGCGGGGUCAUCGCCGUCGUCAUCGUGGCCGGGGUCUUCGCCAAGGUCUCCUACGACAAGGCCCGCCGGCCCCCGCGGGAGAUGAACAUCCACAGGGCCCUGGCCGACAUCCUCAGGCAGCAGGGACCGAUCCCGAUAGCACACUGUGAGCGAGAGACCAUCUCCGCCCUCGCCUCCUCGCCAAAAGAGAACACGCCCGUCAGAUCCACCGCCAAGACCCAGUUCACCCCGGUGCGCACCGCCAAGCCCGCCCCAGGGCUCUACAGCAAGGACAGCCAUCGUGGCGGGGGCCCGGACCUCCACAGCUUCAUCUCGUCCGGCUUCGUCACCCUGGGGAGAGGACACACCAAGGGCGAUCUGCAGCAAAGUUAUAACCACCUGAUCCUAAACAGCGGCACCCAGACCCCUACGAAUGAAAAACCCCGAAUGAGCAUCCUCACGUCGGCCACGGAGCCCUAUGACCUCUCCUUCUCCAGGUCCUUCCAGAAUCUGGCUCACCUGCCCCCGUCUUAUGAGUCCACCGUGAAGACCAACCCGAGCAAAUACUCAUCCCUGAAGAGGCUAACCGACAAGGAGGCGGACGAGUACUACAUGAGGCGGCGACACCUGCCGGAUCUGGCGGCCCGCGGCACGCUCCCGCUCAGCGUCAUCCACAUGUCGCAGAAGCAGCCGACCCCGCGUGAGCGGCCCCGCCGGCCCAUGCGGGCCAUGUCCCAGGACCGGGUCCUCUCCCCAGAGCGGGGUCGGGCCGACCCGUUCGCCCCGUCCCCGGAGAGGAUCCUGUCGGAUGAGCGGCUGCUGUCGGCCGAGCUCCUGCGCUCCCAAGACCCGCUGCUGUCACCAGAGCGGGCCGCCUUCGCCGAGCCGGGCCCCCCGUCCGGGCUCCCGUCCGGCCUCCAGCGGGCCCUGUCGCACACCGACGUCUUCGUGUCCACCCCGGUCCUGGACCGCUACCGCAUGACCAAGAUGCACUCCCACCCCAGCGCCUCCAGCGACUCGUACCACACGCUGGGCCAGAGCCGGAGCGCCGCCAAGCGCCAGGCCUUUGCGUCGCGGAGGCACAACACUGUGGAGCAGCUGCACUACAUCCCCGGCCCCCAGCACUACCACACUGCCAGCAAGACCGAGGUCACUGUGUGACGCGGGCCGGUCGGGGCCAGGGUCCUUCCCUGCCUUGGGGCCGCAACGCCCCAGGCCCGCGCCCCCUUCCUUGGCACCACUUCCAUUUCCCGUCCUCUGGCUUUGGCGGGCUUGCGAGGGGCCGGGGGGGACGGGGACGGGCGGCGUGCUGGGGGACGGCCCCUCCCACGACCUUCCCCUGCUCCGGUCCCCGUGCCUCCACUCUCUGCCCCAGCCCGGCGGUCAGCGCCAGUCCAACUGAGAGCCACACCUCUCCCUCCCCACCACCUUCUGGGACGACCUCGAGAGCUAGAGGAAAGGGCUGGGUCUGCCCCAGCCCCUCCCCGAGCUGGGUGGCCGGGGAUGCCGGUAGGGUCACUGACCGGGCCCCCGAGUCCGCGAGAGCCGUCCAGCUCCCGUGGGUCAGCACAGCCCCGGGGUGGCCGAGUCCAGCCCAGUCUGUCACGCCCUCCACCUGCAUCUCAGAAUUCUUCUAGUGCCUCAACCGCCUGCGUGCCGCCUCCCCGAGCUGGGCCGCCGCCGCCGCCCCAAAGCACAAGUCCCCUCCCUGCUCAUCCCCCGGCCGCUCCCAGGCUGCAUCCACCACCCACCCCCACCCCCGUGGACUCCGGCCCCACCGCUGCUCUCACACCAGCACCCUCUCCCGGCCGGGACCCCCACCCGACCCUCGGGUCCCGGUUCGCAGCUGCGCCCCUCUGCCCCGCGCCCUACCCGGACCGACGUUUCCGCGGGCGUCAGCCGGUCCCGAGAGGAGCGGCGGGACCGAGGGGGCCUGGGCGGGCGGGGCCGGUCACGACCCUCUUCGGCCCAGGAUCCCGAACUCUGCCCCGGAUCGGGCGUCGCCGGCCGUCCGACGGAGUCACCGCAUUCAUCCGCCAUCCCACUCCCUUGGGAUCGGACUCUGACCCAGAGGGGCAGUGAUGCUAUCGCUGUACGUGCCUGCCCCGCUGCCCUGUCGCCUCCCUGCCCUGCCACGGCCCCUUCCCCUGCCCCUCCCCGGCAGUCCCGUCUCCUCCACACAAGCUACUCACAGGCCCCUGUUGACAGUCUGAACCCAAAGGGAAAGGAACACAAAUUAGAACAAGCAAACAGGAAUUCCUAUCUUCACCCACUGACCCAACCCCAGGUCCCCAAGUUUCCCUCUUCUCCUCCCUUUCUGCUCCCCGUCUCUGCUCAGGCCACUCCCUGCCCCUGGCAGAGAUUCAGCUAGAGUGAGAAGUUCCUGAGCCCCUGCGGUCCCGCAGUGGCCACGGGGUGAGGUCACCUGCUCAGCCCCCAUUUCCACCUCUUCCCUUCUCGGCGGUCACUUCUCCCCGGGGGGUGCCAGAUGAGAGGAGUGUUGUGGAGCACCCCCCCGGGGUGCGGGGGGGGGGGGGGGAGGGUUGUUGCUGACCUCUGGCCUGGGCUCCCCGACCCCCUGUGGCCUCACUGACUGGAGGCCACUCCAACCGGAUGAACUCACCUUGAACCAUCAUCUGGUCAGGGUGGACGGGGAGACUGUUGGUUGGAUGCCAGCCCCGGAUGGCUGGGAGGCCAGAGGACAGCCAGGUGCUCCUGACAACUCCCAGUAGCCUUUGCAGCCCGAUCCCAGGGCCAACCCCUCAGCCCAGCUACCCAGAGCAGAUCGGGCUAUUUCCUGGCAAAUCUGCUUGGCCCAGCCCGGGCCUCAGCAGGGGGUGCCUUAGCCCCAACCUCCAGAAGGGCAAGCCGAGGAGCCGGAGAGGGUCCCUCCGUGUCAGGUGGUGAGGAUGAACGACACCGGAGCCUCCCAGGUUCCAGCCCAAGCUCUGCCCCCCUCACAGUCCUGCCCUCAGCCCGGUGGGCUCAGCCUUCACCUCCUCCACUCUUCUCUGGUCUUGUCUAUCUUCCUUAAGCUAGGACAGGAAUGGCAGAGGAUGGACGCUAGAAUGGGGCAGUUCCCGGCUCAGGGGCGCCUGCGGUGGAUGGGGCAAUGAUUGGGUCUGAGGUUUCCGGGUUAUGGAGUAGUCUGCAGCUGCCGGGCCCUAACGGGUCAAACCUGCAGGGCAUGCCGGCUUGGGGUGGCCCUUGCUCCUCCCCUCCUGGGCUAGGCUGAGCUGGAACCCUUGCCCGCCCUUUCUCUGCUGGUGAGUUUUGGCCUGUCUUCCUUCUCCUCCUUCUCAGGCAGAUUCCCCCAGCUGCUGCCUCCUUGUAUUUCCCCCGGGGGAACCGUGCCCAGGGGCGGGGACACGCCUCUUAUCACAUCUCUUGCCCCCACAAAAACCCACCCCCCACAACCCCGAGGACUGGUCUCCCCCCAUGGGCAGAAAAGGGCAUACAGCCGGACAGGUGGACGCUGCCGCGCCGGGGGACACCGAGAAGCUUGGGGUAUCAUCAUGCGGUCGGAGGUGGGUGGCGGGGAGGCCCGGCUGGGACCGCGAACCCUUUCUCCCACCUCACCACCCAUUCACCCCUACUUGAGACACAGGCUCCUUCGGCCCAAGCGACCGGCCUUGACCCCGCGUGGGCUCCCCGGGCCUUGGGUCACGUCAGGCGAUUUCUACCUUCACGGGGGCGACUCGCCCUCCCCAGACAGAGCGUCCGGGGUCCCAGCCCCCUUCUCGGCUCCCUCCCUGAAGGCCGAAUCUGGUCCCGGGGUGGGGGCGACCCAGGGAACGCUGGGAGCGGCCGGCUGUACGACUAACACCUUGUGAGAAUUUCUCCUUUCAUUCAACCGCAUUUAUUGAGCGCUUACUAUGUGCAGAGCACUGUACUAAGCACUCGGGAGAGUACGCUAUAAUUCUAAAGAGACACAUUCCCUGUCGACAACGAGCUUUCAUUCAAGAGAGGAGUAAUCUGGAAGACAGGUACCAAUCUCGGUCCCGGGGAUGGUGGUGGGGGCAAGCCUCUCGCCCCGGAGACGCCAUCCCUCUGCUCCCGGGGGGGUGGGGCCAUUAACCCGACUCAUAACUGAGCGUCAGCCCCCGCCCCCUCACCUCCCCUGGGGGUCUCCCCGGCCCUAGGUGCGGAAGGCCCCCACCUUCACCCAUCCACUUCUGGUGUCCCGGCGGCCGGGCCCCGGCGGGGGGCGCCGUCCAAGUGGAUUUGGGUUCUCGGUCGCGACUGUUUCCCGACCCCGUUGUUAGAUUUCCCUGUAAAAGCACAUUCGGGUGUACUGUAGGCAAGUGUCCGUUUAGUAAGGUUUAGAGUCUUAAGGAUUUUUCCACUUUUGUCAGUAACAGAUAUUUACGGAAGCAAAAAUAAAGCAAUUUCAAAAUACGCCUCCC